AUGUUUAAUAUUCAUUUUGGAGAAGACCUGCCUCCUAACUUCAAAAGCCUUCUAAUUCGAUCCUUGAUUAUUAAAUCCUAUUUUCCGCGGCGUUGGCAAACUAUCUGUGGGUUGCAGUUUCUGUUGGUAUUGCGUUUGAUUAGCCCAAUGGAGUACUUACCUGAUGAAGUGGGAGAUUUGGUUCACCUCAAGUAUUUAUACUUGAACUGCAAAGAUAUGAAGACGCUUCCACGUACUAUAGCUAAUCUUCAAAAGCUACAAACGUUGCAUCUAGUUCAUUGUUCAAAGCUAUUCCAAGUACCUGUAGAAAUUUAUAAUAUUAAACAGCUUCGGCACCUUUUGUUUGCCGAUUUGUUCGGAUAUAGUGAUGGAAUUAGAGUUCCAAGAGGUAUUGGUACAUUGGCAAAUCUUCACACUUGCACUGGUAUCUGUUCUGGUGCUGGCAUUCCUGGUGAAUUGAGUAGUUUGACCCAACUACGAAAACUUGAUGUUCACGAAGUGUCUGAUGAUCAUGCUGGUGAGCUAUUUGCAUCCAUCAUAAAACUGGAAAACCUUGUUUUCCUGUCACUAACUGCAGAACCACCCUGGUCGGUCACACUUCUACCUGAAUUGGAACCAUUUUCUCCUCCACCUCAUCUUCAAAAGCUUAUUUUACGCGGUGGUCUAGUUGAAAUGCCUAAUUGGCUUCCCUCUGUUGAAAACCUAACCAUUCUAGAACUAAGGCAUUCCAAUCUCUUGGAGGAGCCAUCUUCAGUUCUUCAAUAUCUUCCCAAAUUAAAACAUCUUACACUUUGGGAAGCCUACAAAGCAAAGCUCAUUGGUAAAGAGUUUUGCGAUGGAGGUGGAUUUCCGGAGCUGAAAGCUUUGAAAAUUGCUUCAAAGAAUCUAGUGGAGUGGACGAAAAUUGUAAAUGGUGCUUUUCCAAGUUUGAGGUACCUUGGAUUUUAUGGUUGUAGGAAGUUGAGGUUCUUGCCUGAAGGAUUACAGAAUAUUUCUACGAUUCAAGAGUUGUUUGUGGGUGCUUUGCAUUCUGACCUUGCAAGGAGAUUGAAUGGUAAAGAAAAUUACAAGAUCGAACAUAUUUCAAAAUUUCAUUGGCGCUCGGAAAUUUUCUGAGGAAGUCACUAGAAGAAGCAAGAUUUAUUAUUUACUUGUUUGACACUACGAUUCUCUAGUGCCCCAUCAAUACAGAUAAAAAUAUCCAUAUUUAAGGAUUUAAGACGAUAGAAAAUAAUAGUAUUUUCUUUGUAAAAUCUUUAAAGAUUAAGGAUGAUGGAAUUGCUGCUAUUUUUUUGGUUUUGGAUUAUCAGGUGUGCAAGUGAUCAAAGGUUAUAGUGGUUGUAACGAUUUUUUUUUUUUGUAACAAUUUAUUUUUAUAUAUUUUCUUAAUAAUGUUAAAAGAAUUCAAUAUCUUCUA